AUAUUGUCUAGUCAAACGUUGAAAACUUGACUUUUAGCCAACCCUUCUUGUAUUUAAACACCCCAGACCCAGCAUGAUUGGUAUCUCUUUAUCCAGUUAUCCUCAGAAGCAGAACUAGGAUCAUUUUGGAUUGUUGCCUCGUAUCUGUCACUUGGUUCUUAGCUAGCUUUACCAGAGUCUUCAGUGGACGAAAUGGAAUCCGGCGGUCUAGCAUUCUACAGCUGCAGAAACUGCCGAAAUCCCCUUGCCCUCGGCGAUGAUCUUGUUUCUAAAAAUUAUAUAGCAAAGUCAGGGAAGGCUUAUAUGUUUCUGCAUGCAAUGAACAUUGUUCUGGGGCCAAAGCAGGACAGGCAAUUGAUAACUGGUCUGUAUAGCACUGCUGAUAUCUAUUGCAGCAAGUGUGGUGAAGAACUGGGCUGGAAAUAUGUGCAAGCCUAUGACUUGAAAAACAGGUUCAAGGAAGGGAAGUUUAUUCUCGAAAAACUUAAGAUGGUCGAAGAAUACUAGAGCUUACUGGUGAUCCCCCUUUAUGGAAAGAAGUAAGGAAAUAAGCAUGAUGAUCUCUGAUUGGAAACCAUACUUACCUUUAUACAUGAAAACUGGAAAUCUAUGUUUCAGUGCUAUGAGAUGGGAUUUAAAUUUCAUCACCAGUAAAUUAAAAGCUAUGUUAAAAAAGCUUUACUUUCAUUUGUUAAUAUGGGAUUUGCCGUUGGUACUAUUGCUAUGUCUCUUUUCUACUCUUUUCUACUAAA